GACCCGAGUGGCAACUGAUCAAAUGUAACUUCGUAAUCGGAUUUCCAUCGCGUAGAUAGAACAUUUGUAAAAUCGUGUGGGAUGAUCAAGUGUUUUUUGUGUAUUGCCCUUAAAGUAACAACAAUAUCCGAGGAAACGAAUCUAUUUUCAAAAUUCGCAUUAGCGGUUUUUUUUACUCGCUUGUUUAUUUUCUAGUCUGUAGGCGCUAUUUUAUCACUGUAACAGACUAUCAGGCCAUGAGCUCCAGCAGUCUGACCAGACAGCUGGCAGACGGACUGACUGCAUCUCGACUGCGGAUGCUUGUAUUGAGCAGAGGUACAGAUGCGGUCUGUCUGGGUCCUCCGUCUGGAGUGAAGUCUCUCUGAACUGAAACCAGAGGAAGGACACCGUAAGCAUGGACAAAUCAGAAAGGUGUGCCUGCAAUGCUCAGGAGUGAGGAGGAGAGCGGCUGAGCAGGAGGAGAUGGGCUGCACCUCUGCCAAGCAGGUGUCUGCCGUGCCCAACGGUGAGGAGGGCCAGAAUAAAUCCUACAGCAACGGGGACGUCCUCUCUGAUGAGUACAAGAUGAAAGGAGUGGAGAAAGUCAAGUACAUGAGUGGAGAGGAGGGAGGAGUGGACGGCCAGGACAGCACAGAGAAAAGUGCUCUCCUUGGUAAAGGUCAGCACAUGGAUGAAACAGGGUCAAACGGAAAUGGAAAGAUUCUGAGCAUCCACUCCUCAGAGAGUCAACAAGAAUUUUUCAGGAUGUUGGAUGAGAAAAUUGAGAAAGGUCGGGACUACUGUUCAGAGGAGGAGGAUUUGACAUAGCACUGUGGCCUGGACACUGCAGUGUUCCAGAUGGACCUCACCAUGUGCUAUCAUGUCAGGAGGGUGGGGGGGAUUUUGGGGGGACUGUCCCUUGUAUGUACACGACUGGGAAAAAUGGAUUAUUGACUUGAAUCAAGCACCUUUUUGCCCUCCUGCUCACAACAUUAUUUCCUGUUCAACCAAGAGGGAAAUGACCACCAUAAUCAAAGACGGCUCAGUAUUGAUAUGUUCUCAAAGUUCUCCAAAGUGAGAGAACAUUUAGGUUUCCUCACUUAACAAAGCCAUUACAGAAUGACUGAGCUCUUGGGAUUUUGACUUGCUCUCCUUUCUCUUCUUGGACAAUUCCUGGAAGGCCAGUACACAUGGCUGUCACUGAGACAUUUGAAACCAUCGGACUGUUGCGAACGCAAAUUUCAAACAGCAGAAGCAGCCAGUGCUUCUCCUCUGGACACUGACUCAAAGUGAAAAUAAUGUCUCUGUACAUCAUUUUGAAUUUCUUCCUUGAAUGCGUCCCUGAAAAGUCAAAGGUUUGGAAAGUUCCUGCAUUCCAUGACACAGUAUGAAGCUCUUUUUAUUAGGACGUUGGUCAGUACAGUGCGUUUGUCUGUCCAUGUCUGUUUCUGCUACGGUGUGAAGUAUUUAUGUUGAAUAAGGCUCAGGGCUGAAGUGUUGUACUCCUUGUCUCAUGUAGUCAAGUCCGUCGUCUCAUUGAGACACUGUUGCACCAUUAAAAAGACACUCAUGCACUCACACAGCAGGGUUACUGAUGUCCCCUGCAUCUGUAUCUGUUCCAUGUUAACCCUACGAGGUGGACACUGCAAAAUCACUUUUAAGAUUAUGUUUUGCUCACCAGUGUUAUGUUGUUGUGUUCAGUUUCUAUGUUGACUUAUUGUUUUGUUUUUCUAGAAAAAUAAAGCGUUUUCGGUAACUUAUCCACACAGCGGACGAGUGCAGCCAACAAAACGAAUCCUUUUGACAAUAACAGUCAAGACACAUCAUUUAGUUGGGGUAUUACUUAAACUAUACCUUAAUUACUACAUUAACAAAUGUGCUACCCCAUACAAUACAAACUUGCAUCAUCAUA